UUACUGCUGCAGAUGUGGAGAGAGAUGGCGGAGCUGGUCUCCUCCAGUAACAACUACUCCUGCUACAGAGGGGCCUACAGUGAGUGCCAGGGAUUUAAAAUCUACAUCUUGCGUGUGCACCUCAAGGACCUGAUUACAGGGCAUGUGGUCUUUCCUGACUGGUUGGAGGAGAGUAGUCAGGUGAACCUGGUGAAGAUGCAUCAGCUCUACGUCACCUUCAAUGAGCUUGUGUCCCUGCAGAAAGCUGUGGCCCAGUUGGAGCCCAACAUGGAUCUAAUUUACCUACCUUCAUUUAUUUUAAACUGUGGUGUCAACUGUCACAAACGGUGCCGGGAGGUGCUGGUUCAGGCCUGUAGGAAACUUAGCCGCUCCAGCUCAAUGGGCAGUGUUUCCUCCUACCCACUGAUCCACAGCACACUGCCCAGCAGCCCCACUCUGGCCUACUGUGAAGACGAGGAUGAGGUGUUUAGCUUCCCAGGUGUCACAGGUCUAGGUCAGGGGAGUUCGUCCAUCACGCUGAUGACUGGUUCAGCCCAGAAAAUCUCUGUGCGCCUGCAGAGGGCCACCACCAGCCAGGCCACGCAGACAGAGCCCCUGUGGCCUGAAAACAGCUGGGGGGUCGCAGACACUGGGUACCACACUUUUCCCAACAUGAAAUUCAGGACUCAGAGGAAGACUUCUAAAAAUAAAGGCUUUGCCUGUGGGGAGAAGCAGAAUGGGGGGCAUCACCAGAAGGUUUCCCCACAGCACGGGAUCGAGUUUUGGAAGACAGAUGCGUCAACAGAGUUUCUCCAAAGACAGAACGAUUGGCUACUGGAGGAAUGGAUGAAACAUUCUCUCUACACAGCAGCACCUCACCAGGGGUUUUAUACUUUAAAAAGGUUGUUGACUAACUUUAGGCUUUGGAUUGAUACACCUGUGUAGAUUACUGUUAGUUUUCUUGAUUAGUAAAAAAUAUAUGAAAUGA